GAGGAAAGGGGAGCAACACUGUAUCCUCUCCCAGACAGGACCUGGGAGGGAUCAGGCUGAAAUCGGUCUGUGCCCUGGCUGCCAUAGUGAGGAUUCUGCAAGGAAACUGUGCUUUAAUAGUGCAGGGGGUUGGCAAACCCUCCCCGCUCCUAACAAAACAUGUGGCCUAGGCCCUCGCCCAGGGCGGGGUGCCCAUGGGACCCCACGAGGGGUCACUAAGCAGGGCCAGGCCCCUCAUUGCAAGGCUCACUGCCGCUGCUGCAGAGACCUGUGGACCCUGCUUCGCCUUCCCCUCUAAUCUGUCCUCCGGCCCUUGCCGUCGCCCGGCCUUGAGGGAGGGGCGGGGCGUGGGCUGUGGCAGCCCGAAGAUGGCGGCGGCUCCGGCGGGGAGCGCGGCCGAUGCCCAGGCGCGGUUCGGCCGCUCGGUGAAGGGGCUGUUGAUCGACAGGGUGACCGGCUGCGGCACUGACGUGAUCGCCCUCACCAAGCAGGUGCUGAAAGGCUCGCGGAGCUCCGAGCUCCUGGGUCAUGCUGCUAGAAACAUGGUGAUGCAAGAAGAUGCCAUCCUGCACUCGGAAGAUAGUCUAAGGAAGAUGGCUAUCAUAACCACUCAUCUCCAGUACCAACAAGAAGCUAUCCAGAAGAACGUCGAGCAUUCAUCAAAUCUGCAGGACCAGCUGAGGCACCUUCUGAAAUGAAGCGGGAGAAGCGAAAUACCCAGCACACCUAGCGAGAGCUGAUGGGAUGACCUGUGUCAGUGGAGCUCCAGAGUCUCUUCCUGCUUCAGCAGUUACAUUGCAAGGCUGAGCUGUGCUGAAAGUCAGUUGUGAAAAUGCAGUGUGUGUGUUACUGAACAUGCAGGGCUGUGGAUAGGCAUGGGACGGCUCUGUAACCUGCUCAUCACAAGCUCUCCCUAUACUGAAGGCUAGAUCACUUGCUUGCGCUUAAUUUAAAGCAGACUUUACCAAAACCUUCCAGUGACUAACACUUUUCAUGUCCAUUUUCUUUUCUGCGCAAUGUACUAUUUGAAGAGCUGUUUUCCUCUCCCCAAGGCAUUGUGCCGGUUCAGCUAAUGAAUCAAAGGCAACGUGUGUUAUUAUUUAUAUUCAGCCCAAUGCCAAACACAUGACUUAGGUUCCAUUGAAACCCGUAUGGCUUUCCUGGGCCCUCUGCUCUAGGGUGAAUUCCCCCCUUGUCAAUAAUUUCUGCUGAAUAUGGACCUGUUCUUCACAGAAUUAACUGGAGUGGUGACGGAGAUGCACUGCCCAACAGCUUGAGUUGCAUGGUUCCAGCGUUCUUCAAACAAGGUUACAUUCCCCACCCCCAAAGUACAGAAAGUAGGGCCAGCAUUUCCACAUGGGAACCUACAUUCACAUUUUGACAUGUAAACAAUCAUCCUUUUUUUUCCGGAGAAUCGAGCCACCACCACUACCAGUUUGGUCAGUGCGCACAUCAUCUUUGAAAAUCAGUUGCUUAAAUAUGGCUAUAGGUACCUAAUUUGAGCCAGAAUUUUCAAACCCAGGUGUGUAGGUACAUAAAGCAUGUGAUGACUUGCCUGGUCCUUUGUCACCAGAGUGUCAUGAGUGUCAUUAGCACUGUGCUGUUCCUUUGUCACCUGCCCAAUAGGGUGUCUGUUUCAUGAAUGUCAUUAGCACUGUACUGUUCCUUAGUUUCUGUGUAUAAUGUAAAGCAGGGGGUUGGAAUGUUAUAUCUCUUGCCAAUACAUCUGCUGUCUGUUUUGGCCUUCAACUGCAUUCCUCCUAUUUCAUUGCUGUUAUGGCUCUUGAUUAAGCAGCCUUGGAUUCAUUAUGUAACUGUGUACAGAAUCAGUAAACUAUUCAGAUAUACAGCUGUGAGGUACUAAUAGUGUGUUUAAAGGAUGCCAUCAAUGGACCUGCUUCCAUUAAAGUCAGUGGCAAAGCUCCCAUUGACUUUAAUUUGGGCCCAAGACAAAUAUGCUGUAUGGUGGUUGCUGGUUUUUUUGUAUAUUGCUUUCCCAUGUCACUAAUAGCCUCUCCACUUACUCAUCGGAGAAGCACUUUAUUCACUGAGUGUGCUUGUCAUCACUUUUUAAAAUUGCAUGCAGCUUGAUCAGUGAGAUGAGAUGAAAUAUUUCUAUGUGAUGAUGUUUCUAUAGAGAGAGACAAGACCUGCUUCUAGGGGGGAACAAGACAAGCUUUCGAGCUAUGGAGACGGGGUGCUGGAACAAGGAGCUGAGAGUCAUUGAACCAAACUGUAAACCCUGUACAUCAUGGAAAUCACUUCAAGCCAGGGGAUGCUGCAGCACCCCUAGUUCCAGCACCUAUGUAUGCAGAGCUUUCCUUUGGGUCUGUUUCAAAAGUCAGUUUCACUUGUGAGUCUCCUGCACAAUGCAGUGCAGUUAGGUUGGGCUUUCCACAUGGCAGAGGAAGGUUUAAAAAACACACGUGCUGUUUUGAUUGUUUGUUUGUUUUUUAAUUCUGAGAUUUAUAUUCCUAUUUAGAUAUUUUUUAUCUCUUUUUUAAUACAAAGCCUAUAGUGAGGGUGUCAUUACAGUACAGUGCUGUAGAUAGCUGCUGAGGAGGACUAGUCCAGAGGAUGCUGUCAGAUCCAAUGGCCCAAAUAGGUUGACAGUUAGUGCUAUAUGUUGUAUUUUGUUUGCUCCUUCUGCACAUGGUGUGUUAGGUUAAUUGUUAAGAAAA